GCGGAGAGCAGUACAUUCUGUCCGCUCUUCAGAUCUUAUUAGAUUCAAACUGCGUCCUGAUAUUAUGGUUGAGCCAAUUUCAGAUAUUUUUCUGUGAGAAACUGCACUUAAAUCCGUUCAAGUGAUGCGAAUUCAGCGUUAAAGAGCGGGUAAAACAGGGACCUGAGGUCGGAGUCAUGUUUGUGUUACUGAGUGCAGCUGUGGCUGCAGUCUGCUUGUAUGUGGUCGUGUACUACAGUCUGAUCAGAGGAGAAAGCUGUCACAGCAGCGUCCAGGCGAAGGGCAGGACGGCGCUGAUUACAGGGAGCCACACCGGCAUUGGUAAAUCCACAGCUCUGGAUCUGGCCAAGAGAGGAGCCAGAGUCAUCUUGGCCUGCCACAACAAGGAGAAAGGAGAGGCUGCUGCUUUUGAUAUUCGCAGAGAGACUGGAAACAACCAGGUGCUCUUCAUGCAGUUGGAUCUGGCCAGCCUGAAAUCUGUCCGCAACUUUGUUGAAACCUUUCUGAAGAUUGAACCCAGGCUGGAUAUCCUCAUCAACAAUGCAGGUGUGAUGUGUUCAGGAUACACUGAGGACGGCUUUGGCAUGGCUUUUGGGGUAAAUCAUCUGGGGCACUUCCUGCUCACCACACUGCUCCUGGAGAAGCUGCAGCAGUGUGGACCAAGUCGAGUGGUGACGGUCACUGCUUUCCUGAGCUGCUUUGCAGAUAUCAAUUUACCUUUUUUAACUUCCAAAAAGGAUUUUGUCUUAGGUCAUUCUGCCUGGAACAGCUACAAAAGCUACUGUAGCAGCAAGUUGUGUAAUAUGCUUUUCAUCCGAGAGUUGGCCAACAGACUGGAGGGCACCAACGUCUCCUGCUACUGCGUACACCCAGGAGUCAUGUAUACGGAACUGUGUCACAGCAUCAGUCCAACUCUUCAGCUUCUGCUCAGGCCCUUUGCAAAGAUGUUCUUCCUGGACCCUGAAGGAGGAUCUCAGACUGUCCUGCACUGCGCCCUGCAGGAGGGCAUCGAGCCCUUCAGCGGUCGCUAUUUCGUCAACUGUUCUCUUCAGCAAACUGGUGCCAAAGGACAAGAUGAUGUUCUUGCAAAAAAGCUUUGGGAAUUGAGUGAGAGGUUCACUCGUUUAUGAUGAGAGAUUCAACUUCAUCCAGAAACAGUAAUUCCUCAUGUCAGCACAUGUUUAUAUUAAAGAUGUGUGUGUGUGUGUGUGUGUGUGUGUGUGUGUGUGUGUGUGUGUGUGUGUGUGUGUGUGUGUGUGUG